UUUUGAAAGAUGGUGCGUGAUUAGUUUAACAAAAUUAUAUCUUCUUCCACGCCGGAUCUCGUGUUUUUCUUAUCUUCUAACUAGAGGUCACAUAGGUGAUGGCUCCAGAAACUCCAGUUGAGAAUUGAGAAAUCGCGAGCUAAAGAAAUCUCGUGAGAAGCGGGCAACCCUGUCGCUCUAUAAUAACUCCAUCCGUCCAUCCCUCUCCCACGCGCCAACCCCGCAUCCCCAUCUCUCCCCCUCUCUCUCCUCUCAUCGCGGACCCCAUUUUGUCUUUCUUUUCUUUUUUUUCCUUUCUCGAAGAAAAUCAAAACCCCCUUCUCUUUCUUCCUCUCUCUCUCUCUCACUCAUUCUCUCUCUUUCACUUUUUACUCCUUGUCUAUAUAUGAGGCAGCCCUCGCGAUCGGGCGGGGCGUCGCACAGCCAGGUUCCCAAUGCACCCCACGUCCCCCAGCGCCUCCUCCUUCUCGCCGCCGGACGCUAGCGACGCCGUCGGAUGCAUCCUGACGCCCUCCUUGUCCUCGCCGUCGUCGCCUUCCCCUGCGCCGUCCUGUACCGAGCCGCCUCCCCGUUCGUGCCCGCCUGCCCUCCGUCCGGUGGGAUCCCGUGCCCCCCGACGUUGACGAGCCCAUCGACCCCUUUGAUUUGUGAGGAUGUUAGGCUUGAGAGAAUUCUGAAGGAGGCCGCCAUGGAAGAUAAAACAGUAAUCUUGACCACCUUGAAUGCUGCAUGGGCUUCUUCUGGAUCAAUUAUUGAUCUCUUCAUUGAGAGCUUCCGGCUUGGUGAUGGUACACCUAGACUUCUGAACCACCUGGUGAUAAUUGCAUGGGACCAGAAGGCAUACAUGCGAUGCAUGUCCAUACACUUCCAUUGCUUUGCCCUUAUUACAGAUGGAGUGGAUUCCUCAGAAGAGGAGCGUUUUAUGACUCUCGGAUAUUUGAACAUGAUGUGGAGAAGGAUAGAGUUUUUGCGAGUAGUCCUUGAGAAGGGAUAUAACUUCAUUUUCUCGGUACAUUCAUUUACUUUCAUGUAUCUAAGCUUUUAACAGUUUACUUAUUCAUGGCAAAGAACUAGGGACAGUGGUAUUUUUUUUCCCAUAACAUAAUCAUUUUUGGAAAUGUCUUUAAACAUGUAUGCAAAUACAUGCCUGAUAUACUGACAUUUUUUUUUUGGUACAUGGAUAUACUGACAUAUUUAGCAUGGUAUCAGUUGUGGUUCAUUUAAUCUUGAACUUGUUUAUUUAUGAAUCUUUUUAUAUAUCUCUUGGCCAGCAACUAAGUUUCAUGGAAUCUUAUUGGGGCUUUUAGAUGGAAAGUCAUGGCUAUCUGAUACCUUCCCUAAAUGCUAUGGAUGCGCACUAGAAAAGGUUUUGGAUUGGGAGGUUCCAUGAUUUGACAUACCAGUUUCCUUUAUUUUGCAAGCUUGUGACACUCCCAAUGUUCUCUAUUUGUACUCUAGAAUAUUUUCUAUUAUUACAAAAUUUAUCUUAUGCAUCAAAUUUUUUCCGCACUUGUCCAUAUUAAAGAACUUUAUCAGUUAAUGCAUGCAUGUUAAAAAUGGGAGGAUUUUAUCUGUAUUUCAAUUUAUUUCAACAAAUUCUUUUAUUCCAGAACUUCUCAUUCAUUAACCAUAUACUCCAAUAGUGAUACUAUUGCAUGUAAACCUAUAGUAAUUUCUUUAUGCUCCUUGUUUGGAGUAAUAUAGAGUUGCAUACACGUACAUGAGUAUCAGUUUUUCUCUUCAACAGCAAUGUCUGUAUAAGAUAAUAUGACUUUUCUCUAUUGCCAUGCGAUAACACUACUGUUGCCUAAGAAGAUAUUAAACAUAUUAGUUCACUAAGAAUGAAAAUGGUGUUGAUCCUUAAUAGUGUUCUAUACAUAUCUUUCCAAACAAUUUUGAAGAGUAUCACUAUUAUCACAAAA